GAAUGGAGUCCUGCUCUGCCAUCUCAUCAACCGGUUGAAACCAGGCCUCAUUAAGAGAGUGAACACCCUGUCUACUCCAAUGGCUGGACUGGACAAUGUGAAUGUGUUUCUGAGAGCGUGUGGUACACUCGGUCUACACGAGGCUCAGCUGUUUCAUCCUGGAGACCUGCAAGACCUGUCCACACGCGCUACACUCAGGUGUGCAGAGAGCAAAAGGAGGCUGAGAAACGUUCUAAUCACCAUCUACUGGCUGGGUCGGAAGGCCCAGGCGGAUCCCUUCUACUCUGGCCCUCAGCUCAACCUCAAAGCAUUCGAGGGACUACUGGGCAUCGCUCUGUCCAAGGCUCUAGAAGAAACCCCCAGAGGCAGUGUAACAGACAGGGACGACAGUGAUGUGAUCUACCCAGAGAGGGAUGAUGAGCUGCUGCCUCUAACCCGGUCCCAGACACCCGGCUACAGCAGAGAGGACUCCGUAGAGAGCCUUAACUCGGCCCUGAGCUUUGACUCGGCGGAGUCCCGUACCCUCAGCUGUAUCUCUGACUCCAUCCUGAGGGCCGGCAGCGAAGACUCCAGCAGUGACUUGGAGGCAGAGAACUCAUUUAGGAUGAAGGCGGCGGAGGGCAGAGAAUCGGGACUGAGGAACUGGGGCAACGCACCCUUCCAGAGGAAGAAGUGUGAGGAAAAGCGAAUUAAGGGCUGCCUCCCGAGCCCCCUCACCAGAAACUUGGAGGUAAACCCAGGAUGGAUAUGGAGCAAAUCGUUGAAUGACAUCAGGCGGUUCCCGUCGCCUACGCAAGUGGUGCGCCAGGUUUCUGAGGGUGGCAUGGAGCUGAGCCCCAGCGCCGUGAGCCAAGACCAGCUGCAGAUGGUCAGAGCCCGGGUCCACGAUAGUGAGGCCAAGUGGCACAACGACCUGACCAAGUGGAAGCUCCGGCGACACAGGUCUAACUGUGAUCUGCGGAGGAAGAUGCAGGAGAGGGACAACAUCGUCCUGAUGGCCAACGCCGGGGUCGGGACAUUCAAGAGUCUGCAAGAGGACAGGGAAGAGGAUGAGGAGUCUCUAUGCAGCAAUGGCCUCAAGGUCUCUCCGUCCACCUCGGUCAAGGAGGGUUCCCUGGUGCUCCGACCCCACACCUCGGUCAAGGAGGGUUCCCUGGUGCUCCGACCCCACACCAGAGCCCCCACCUCGGUAAGUGAGGGGUCCCUGGAGCUCCGACCCCACACCAGAGCUCCGCUGGCCCUCAGCUCCUCCGUAGAGUCACCCUACAGCCCCGGAGCGUCGGAACCCUUCACCGCCCCCAGCGUGCCCCUCCAGGGACCCGGAGCCGUGCCCCAAUCAGAGCCCCUCGUCCUAGGGGGGAGGAGUCACACACCGGUGGAGCCAGACGGAGCUGGAGGAUCAGCCACUUUCCCCAACUCUGCCUCCCCCGUCUCCUCCCAGGCCCAGACCGUCUCCUCCCAGGCCCAGACCGUCUCCUCCCAGGCCCAGACCGUCUCUAGCCCAGCGCUCUUCAUCUCCACUGGACGAGACCACAACGUCUCCUUGCUCUCAAACGGGAUCCCGACGACCCUCCCUGGAUCUAGCUCCAGUAUUACUACUGGUACCAGUUCUUGUCUAACGACCUCUGACCCGGUGAACGGUACCGGCUCUAACCGAACCAGCGGUACUGGCAGCCCCUCUGUCUCCAUGGAGAUCCCAGACCACGCCCUCCUCUCUACUGUAGAGUCCCUGACCUCGGUGGGAGCCCCGGGUCAUGUCUCAGCUCCCCAGCAGCAGGAGCUUCCCUUCUACAGGUACAGCUCCAGGGCUCCGGGAGGAAGAGGAAGGGUCUCUGCCUCUCUCCCCAGGGGAUACCGUCGGUCUGAGGGCUCUUCGUCCUGCCUCUCUGCCGGCUUCACCCCCCGGCCGUUUGGAGCCAAGUCCUCCAGAGUGUCCUCACUACCCAGGCACUACAAUUUGGAGAACUCUCUGCUGAAUGAAAAUGGAUAA